CGACGAUGCUGCGACAAGCUCGUCAUGGGCGGAAUAAAACAAGUCCUUCUCCUUCUAGCGCGGCGACCCCGACGCACGCCCCUGGCGCUUCUUCGUUUUUGUGCGCCUGCGCAGAAGGAACGGACGAUGAAUUUGCGAGCGAUAAUUUUUCCGAGAACGAGUUAUUUGUCUGCGAUGAAACACAAAUACCUUCACCAGCCUGCACCUCUCCGCGACCAAAGAAGUCUCUCUGGCCCAUCGCGCUUGACGAGGCGUCGGGCACCACGGUGGCGGUCUGGGAACUAGCAAAUCUUCGGAAAAAAUCUGCUCCACUAGUAUCGGAGCAUGUGCAUGGCGAGGGAGUUCAACAUGGUGAAGAGCUGGACUCAUCUUCUCUUCUGCCGUUUCUGGUCGUCGGUAAGUGUUACGUGGCGCCGAAAAACGGGAGUGGAGCAAUCAUUUCUUCGCGGGAACGAGUAGGUGGCACGUUCGCGAUAUCAGGGGUGACACGCCCCAGCAGAAGCGGCGUCCCAGCAGCGCCAGCAGACUCAGCGGAAAACGAGGUAAACGCUUUGCUACGCUUAAGUAGAAGAGGCGGUGGUAAAAAUCGUGGCGCCGGACUUCGUUCAUCGCGCAUCAAGAAUACGAGGAAAAUGAAUAAAGCGGCACCGCCUACAAUUCGUGCACAUUACACGAGGACCACCGCCACGGCCAGCGAAGAGGAGGGUAGUGAGAGUGACUACACGACGGAGGACAGCACGGAGGAUGAAGCUGGCAGGAACAACAAUUUUGUUCUGAAGAUGCUGGCCUGCUUUUGCACGAACACCUGUCCCCGCUCGGUCUACGUCGUCACCGAGCUGUGCCAGGAGGAUCUGCACAGCCGUCUGCGUCAGUGGUUCUGCGAAGACAGGAAGGACGCGAAUAUUAAAGCGAGUUGUAGGGGUGGUGCACCAGAUGACGGAAGAAGUUGUCAUGACGAGGCAUAUACAACAACUUCACCAACCAGCACCCCACACCACGUGCGGGCGUUUCUGCGUCGACAGUGGGUGAGGCAACUUUGCCGCGGCGUGGCGUAUCUGCAUGACCGGGGAGUCGGGCAUCGCGACCUGAGCUUGGAGAACGUGCUGCUGCUGAACGACGACGUGCGCAUCGCGGAUUUCGGGCGAGCUUGCGCGCUACGCGAGGAACCCAAGACCGAGCAGACCAAGAUGGAAGUAGAGCUGGGGCCGCGGGAAAGCCGUGAAAAGCCCGCAGCUCCUGCUGCAUUUUUGGAACGCUUUCGUGCUUCUCUAGGUCGUGCGGAAACUGCAGCAGCGGGUAAAAAUAACUACGGAAAGCAUCAUUCAAAAACAAGCACCGCGACGCCGGGGCAGACGCUGCUUUCGACGACGCCCUCUUUCACUUCCUCACUGGAACGGCCGUUAAAGCGGCAAAGGAGGGUGGCUGUCCGACAGGGCAAGCCGACGCCCUUGCGACCUGGCAGAAGUGCUGGUGCGCAAGAAGUUGUACUAGGGCACCAAGAGGACGACCCGGCAAUGGAGAAUGUCGAACGUAAACAAGGCCGCUCAGCUAGUACUUCCGCUAAACACACGGAGACAAAUAAGUAUCAACUUGGUUCUACUGAGCCAUCGUUCCUGAUGCGUGAAAAAAUUGCUACAACAACUGGACGAGGAAAAAAAGAGUACGAGCAAGAAGCAGCAGGCAGAGACGAGCAGGCAGUUGGUUCCAAUCAAACUGUCUACAACUACACGUCCCAAGAACUACUACAUCCCGCACGGCCUCGUGAAGUAGACGCGUCAAGCAGCAGCGAAGAAUUCGGUGUGCUGGACAUGGACCACAACAUGCUGCACAAUUCGACCUCUAGUACAACUGCAGCGGCGCACGCGUGGGCGCGUGAGAACAUCAAGUCUAGAACACCGUCAAGAAGCAAGAGCUGCUUACAAUUUCUGCGCUGUGCUGGUAGUGGUACCACCGCGGCGCACGCCGCAGCAUCUUCGCUGUUGCACUGGAUACGCAAAUGCUGCCAAAAAGCGCGAGGACCAGCACCGGAAAAGCAGGACGAUAAUUGUGUCGGCUUGACAGGACAACUCCAGGCCGCCUCGGCCACGGGAGCUCCGCCACGAGAACCAGCCGAGGACGCAUUUUUGCAGCAGAAAAUGACUCCGGGCUGCUUCGAACUCCAGCCCGCUCCCGCGCCACCAUAUAACUUCAGCUCAUUGGUAGAGAACUCGCCUGCGGUCUUAUUAAAUUGCCGCUGCAAUCACGACCUGGCAGCUGCCACAAGUUCUUGUCGUGACGAGAGCAAUUUAUUUCCGACGAGGACUCAGCUUCCCUGUGUUGCCGCAACAUCUUCGGAAUGCAGCAGCGGUUCAUCUUCCAGAGCCGAACGACCGGAGGGGGCGGAGGGGCGGCUAGGGUUCUGCGACACGAACCCUGCGGACGACGAAAAUAAUUUUUCUCCUUGUAGUAGUUCUGAGGGUCAGGAGGAGCACCAGGAAGUAGAAGACCAAGGGGGGCAUACUACUACAACGACACUGCCUCAAGACCGGCUCUUCUCGUGUUCGCAGGACGCAGGGUGCGGGCGCGCCACGUACUGUGCUCCGGAACUUGUGCUCAGGGCGCACUAUUACCCACGACAAACGGACAGCUUUGCGGUGGGGAUGUGCAUUUUGCGGAUAUGAUCCAGAGAAGUAAAAACGCCCCCCACGACCCCAGAGUUUUGUCAUGCAAAUCUGAAAAUCUGCAUCUCAUCAAUCCGUCAUGCGCCAAUCGCAAAUAAACUUGUGGACUUACCUAGCAGAUAUAGAAUUAUCACAUCGUGCUGGCUUUGGGGUCGCGGGGGCGCUUUAUUUACACAGGAUAGCGGAUCUACCUCCUCGACCGUUCCGCCUACGUGAUGCACACGGAAGAGGAAAGCCCGCUUUUCGGGACCCCCACACAGCACGCUGCGCAGGAGGAGAAUGUGGAUUCCUGGUUUACGCAUUUUCUCGAGGGGGCAGAGGACAAACGAACAAGCGCAGCACCGCGGACGGAGGAAGCGGCCUUCCGGUCGCUAGGGAACCUGCUGCAAAUAGACGUAGAAACGCUAAAAGGGCGCCACGACGUGGAUUUUGAAACCGGGACUAUAGCAGGGGACAUGCUGUUAUGCAUUGCAAAUAUGCUCUUUGGUCCUGGGCGCUCUGAUAAAUAUUUGCUGUCCGGAGAAAGCAUUUAUCCUCAUGCAAGAUCUUCGCAAAUCCAAAUCCUGUAAUGCUAAUGCUAAUGCUAAUGCUAGAGCAUGCAUCACCGAGACCACCAUUCCGGGUCAUUGUACAAUUUGCCUGACAUCAGAAAUAAACUCUCCCGAUCUACCAAUUCCAGACGACCCAGAUGACAUAUUUGCAGUCGAUAGCCGUCAGCCGUGCCGGAGUACCGAGCCACCGUGCAAGGGAUACGGGAUCGGCUGCUUGGUGAUUGUUGAAGUGCUUGAUAAAGGCACUUCAGAUUUCAGAUUUCACGCGAAAAUUUAAUUAGAUUUUGUAAACAUAUGCAUCAUGUACAUGUGGAUGUGCAAGUAGAAGUACGACAACUUGUGAUUAGAUACAAUCCCCUGCAAGACGAAUUGAAUAAUUUUUAUUUUGGUCUUUCAUGAACGCGGCGUAAAAAAAUAAUCGUCGUUGUCGUGCCGUUGCACCAAGACGAAAGUUGUUUUCAUGAAAUAGAACUUCACAUAACGGAUUUCAAUCCAUCUCUACUUUCUUUACGCUGUUUCUGUGAGUAGUCGCUUCAU